GAUAGAAGUAGAAAAAGCAAAGGCAUGAAGCUUUUCCUUUGAAGUUAUUCCCAUCUUGGUAGCCUCAAGACACAUACUCUUUUUCUUGGUUGGCAUGAUGGAGUUGAGAUCCAAGUCAUGCAGAGAUGAAGGCAACGUGGCCCCAACAACCAUGCAAGAUCUCAGGUCUUACAGUGUUAAUAAUGCUUCUUAUGCUUAUGCUUAUGCACAUCACAACCAUGUCAAAGUGAAGAAAGGGAAAAACACAACAAAGAGUUGGAGUUUCAGUGACCCUGAGUUGCAGAGAAAAAAGAGAGUUGCUGGCUACAAAAUAUAUGCUGCUGAGGGCAAAAUGAAAGGCUCUCUUAGGAAGAGUUUCAGCUGGAUCAAGAACACUUGCACUCAAGCUGUCUAUGGAUGGUGGUGACUGGUGAAUCAUCUUUUCUCUCUCUCUCUUUUUUAUUAUCUGUAAUGAAAUGUGAUUUACUAAGGUUUCUGAGUAAAUCUUUAAAUUAAAUCCCCUAUCCUUGCUGUAUGAAACUCCAUCUCCAGUUUGGUUACUACUGCUCAAUAUUUCUUAAUUAUUAGUUCAAAUUUAAGAUGAAUAUUAUUUAUUGGGUUUGAA